AUGGCUCUUGAAACGAACGGAAUGAUUCCAGGCCUUCGGGAGCCUGCCAAGAGGAAGAACCUGCGUGCACGGGAGCUGGACUUCCAUUCGUCGGCUUGCAAGGUGCCACUGCCGGAGUAUAAGCCCAUGUUCGACGUGCACUUGCAGCAUCUUUGGGUGAACCCUCGGAUCAGGCAUACGAUGCAAAAUGCUGGCUUUCUGGAUGACGACGGCAAGCCAGUAGACGUUGAUGCUCACAGAAGAAAGCUGUUCGUCAUCGAGCAGGAGCUGGCACAGGCAGACAUGGUGGAGCGGUACCGUGCCAGGGACAAGGAGAGAAAGCGCGAGGAGAUGAUCAUCUUGGCCAAGUUCAGGCCGUUCGUGAAGGCCGUCGGCGGCGUCGAGAGGUGUUUCCAGGGCGACCCGGACUGCUUGUUGAAAUUUGAUGUCGUGUCCAAGAUGGCAAGUGACGAGCGACCAGCUGAGAGAACCAAGUCCAUCCGGCACGGCCGCGGCUCUCGUAUCGGCCAUGCGCAUGGCCGAGGACUCUGGCAGCACCUGGACAAAUCGGGAGUUGACUUUCGGCGUGGCGGCUUCGUGACACACACGUCCCCAAAGCUGGAGAACACGGUCCCGAGAAGGUAUAGCACCGGUGUCGUCCCCACCGCCUUUGCCACCGACACAUUUCGUGAGUCACAGGAUUGGUUUCGCCAUGAGAGCGCAGCUCCACGGCCAAGGACGCCGAACGCGACUCCUCGGAAUGUAUCACCUCGAGCCCAAAGAGCCGAAAGAGGCUUCUGGGGAACCCGCUCACCGCGAUCCCUGUCGCCUCGCUCGCCCCGGCGGAGCAUGUCAGAGCGGCCAAGGGACAAGCCGGCGAACCUCUUCGACCGUGCGGAUGAGUCCUUCUGGCUCAGCCCUCGCACACCGAGGAAUCUCAGCAAGGGCAAAGGGGAGGCUGAUUUCAGUGCACCUCGCGGCAGCUUCAGCCGUGGAAGGUCCGAAGGUGUACCGGCCCGCAUCAGUGCGCGACAGCUCAGUCCUCGUCUGGACGUGAGCCCUCGAGGGCGGGAGGUUCGGAAUGUCAGCCCACGAGACACUCUGGGUGAGGAUCGAGACUGUCGAAGCCCGAGUGCAGCGAGGGCCCAGAGUCCGAACUGGAACAUGUCGGAGGACUGGAUGGCGUAUUCGCGUCCUCGAGAUCCCAGCCCGGUGGCUGUAAAAGUUGACCGCGCGAUGCCGUCGUCGAACUUCAGCUCAGCUGUGCGACGAAUGCAUAGUGGGAAGAUCACUCGCAACUCCGAGAAUUGGUUGAGAAUGAACGGUGAGGAUGCCAAGCCCACUCUGUCGGCAAUUGCAAACAGCGAGAACUUCCAGAUCUCCCGCGGAAAGAGAACAGGCUUGAACAAGGACCCAGAGAUUGCCAAGCACUUGAUGCGUUUCGAAGCACACAGGGUGCCAGAGCCACCUCCGACGAACCGCAAACAUCAGUUCUCGGACAAUCCCCAGGUGGUCAAGCACGUGGAGGAGCUGCGUGCCCUCAGCCCACGCAGGCUGGCUGAUGCAGCUUUGGCCGACACCCUGAGCCCAGCAGGAAAAGCAUCCGCGACAGUAUCGGUUCAGCAUAGAACCAGCGGUGAGAUGGCCGCGGCCGUGCAACCGGAGCUUUCGCCGCGCACCGGUGGAGCAGAGAAAUAUCUGGUGGGUGAUGAGUUGGUGGACAUUGAGAACAGUGGUCUGCGCAAAAGCCACUCCACCAAGAAGGCCGAGCUGCCUUCAACAGCCAUGAGUCCCGACAGCUUCGGUCCAGAUCGGAGACACGCCAACUUUGGCAGGACUCCUGUUGACCAGGUGAGAGAGCACAUCCAGCAGUCGGCCUCUCCUCGCUUCAACUUCUCCUUUUGCGGAUCCAGCAAAGUCGGCCAUCCCGAGCUCACGACUGGAGCGGGAGAGACGCCGGGGGCCUUAGAAUGCGGCUAA